AUGAGCGUGCGGGCGCUAUUGCGCGCUAUACUUUUGGCCGUCUUGGUCGCAGCGACAUGUCGAGCCGACGAAACGACGAGUGAUUAUUCCACCGCCGCUGACCCUACAGACCGACCGGAGUCGACUGAAGACGAGCAGGAAACGAAUAAAUCAGCAGCACCUAACCAAGGAUUAAAACCAACAAAAUACCACUAUUAUCCACAUAAUCAACACAUAUAUCUACUACCCGAGUGUGCAGUUCAACAGGUGUGUAAUGCUGUAUAUGUAAGACUCAACUACACGCAGCCACUAUGCGCCUGUCCGUCCAGGUACAAAGAGCCGUGCUCGGCAUCGUUGAACGCUGAUGACCUACACACUACGGAACUGUCUACGGACCCGACAGGCAAAAUCCUCACGCUGGUCAAGACGUGCGAACCAGUGGCCGAAAUGAGGACGUGCCGUUCGCCGAGGGACUGGUCGCUGUUGGCCCUGCAAAACGUCCGCACCGGAAAGUCGCAUUAUCUGGUCAUCUGCAGGUGUCCGCACACCAAUCUGCUGGAGGGCCCGAUGAGUCACGAUCAGCCGACGUACGCCAGCGUCCCCGGCAUCAGAGUGUAUGGCAUGAUGUGCGUGACGAAGAAUGGUGGGGGAGGCGGUCACCAGACCACUUUGGCGCCACCGCUCCAUUCCAGCCCGGCGCCGAUAACCAAGCGACGGGCGAGGCCCCUGAGGACCCCCCGAUCGUUGGACGCCUACUACAGGAGGUCUUCAGAAAGCCAAUCGUCGCCACCAUUUCCUUGGCGCAGAGCCAUGCAGUUUAUCAAAUCCGUGCAAGCAGAAGAGUCGCUGAAAAGUAAACAGUCUUAG